CUCCAUGGUAACGACGCUCGGCCCGAAGAUGGCGGCCGAGUGGGGCGGAGGAGCGGGUUUCUCGGGCUCAGGCCCAGGCCGGAGCCGGUGGCGCUGGAGCGGGUCUGUGUGGGUCCGAAGCGUUUUACUCCUGUUGGGCGGGCUCCGGGCCAGCGCCACAUCUACUCCCGUCUCCUUGGGCAGUUCCCCUCCCUGCCGGCACCACGUCCCCUCUGACACUGAGGUCAUAAAUAAAGUUCAUCUUAAGGCAAAUCAUGUGGUCAAGAGAGAUGUUGAUGAGCAUUUAAGAAUCAAGACUGUCUAUGAUAAGAGUGUUGAAGAGUUGCUCCCUGAGAAAAAGAAUCUUGUAAAGAACAAGCUUUUUCCACAAGCGAUUUCUUAUUUAGAGAAGACUUUUCAGGUCCGUCGACCUGCGGGCACUAUUUUACUUAGCAGACAAUGUGCAACAAACCAAUACCUCCGGAAGGAAAACGAUCCUCACAGGUACUGCACCGGGGAGUGUGCGGCGCACACGAAGUGCGGCCCCGUUACUGUUCCCGAGGAGCAUCUCCAGCAAUGCCGGGUCUACCGUGGGGGUAAGUGGCCUCAUGGAGCAGUAGGUGUGCCAGACCAAGAAGGCAUCUCAGAUGCAGACUUUGUUCUUUACGUUGGUGCUCUGGCCACUGAGAGAUGCAGCCAUGAAAACAUCAUCUCUUAUGCAGCCUACUGUCAGCAGGAAGCAAACAUGGACAGGCCAAUAGCAGGAUAUGCUAACCUGUGUCCAAAUAUGAUCUCUACCCAGCCUCAGGAGUUUGUUGGGAUGCUGUCCACGGUGAAACAUGAAGUUAUUCAUGCCCUGGGUUUCUCUGCUGGGCUGUUUGCAUUCUACCAUGAUAAAGAUGGAAAUCCUCUCACUUCAAGAUUUGCAGAUGGCCUCCCACCUUUUAAUUAUAGUCUGGGAUUAUAUCAAUGGAGUGAUAAAGUAGUUCGAAAAGUGGAGAGAUUAUGGGAUGUUCGAGAUAAUAAGAUAGUUCGUCACACUGUGUAUCUCCUGGUAACGCCUCGUGUUGUUGAGGAAGCACGAAAACAUUUUGAUUGUCCAGUUCUGGAGGGAAUGGAACUUGAAAAUCAAGGUGGUAUGGGCACUGAGCUGAACCAUUGGGAAAAAAGGUUAUUAGAGAAUGAAGCGAUGACUGGUUCUCACACUCAGAAUCGAGUACUCUCUCGAAUCACUCUGGCAUUAAUGGAGGACACCGGCUGGUAUAAAGCAAAUUACAGCAUGGCUGAGAAGUUAGACUGGGGCCGAGGAAUGGGCUGUGACUUUGUCAGAAAGAGCUGUAAAUUCUGGAUUGAUCAGCAGAGACAAAAGAGGCAGGUGCUGAGCCCUUACUGUGACACGCUCAGAAGUAACCCACUGCAGCUAACUUGCAGACAGGACCAGAGAGCAGUUGCCGUGUGUAAUUUGCAGAAGUUCCCUAAGCCUUUACCACAGGAAUACCAGUACUUUGAUGAACUCAGUGGAAUACCUGCAGAAGAUUUGCCUUAUUAUGGUGGCUCCGUGGAAAUUGCUGACUAUUGCCCUUUCAGUCAGGAAUUCAGUUGGCAUUUAAGUGGUGAAUAUCAGCGCAGCUCAGAUUGUAGAAUAUUGGAAAAUCAACCAGAAAUUUUUAAGAACUAUGGCGCUGAGAAAUAUGGACCUCAUUCCGUUUGUCUGAUUCAGAAAUCAGCAUUUGUUAUGGAGAAGUGUGAGAGGAAGCUGAGUUACCCAGACUGGGGGAGCGGAUGCUAUCAGGUUUCUUGUUCUCCUCAAGGUCUGAAAGUUUGGGUCCAAGAUACUUCAUAUUUGUGUAGUCGGGCUGGGCAGGUCCUCCCCGUCAGUAUCCAGAUGAAUGGCUGGAUUCACGAUGGAAACCUGCUCUGCCCAUCGUGUUGGGACUUCUGUGAGCUCUGUCCUCCAGAAACAGAUCCUCCAGCCACUAACCUGACCCGAGCUCUGCCACUGGAUCUUUGUUCCUGUUCCUCGAGCCUGGUGGUCACCCUCUGGCUUCUGCUAGGCAAUCUGUUUCCUCUGCUGGCUGGAUUUCUUCUGUGUGUAUGGCACUAGGAAUGGAAAAGUGGAUCUUCAAGAUAUUCUUUUAUGUUAUAUUCUUGUGAACAAAGCACAAAGUUUGAGCGAGUGCCAACCUAUGCAGAUGGUAGAAGUGGCAUUCCUGGCUUUGGCUUGGAAGAGUUGAUGACCAUCAGACCUUGAAGCAGAACUUCACAGCAGCCUGUCCUCAUCAGCAACCCAACCACCUUCAUCAGCAACCCAACCACCUCAUCAGCAACCCAACCACCUCGUCAACAACCCAGCCACCUUCAUCAGCAACCCAACCACCUUCAUCAGCAACCCAACCACCUUCAUCAGCAACCCAACACCUUCAUCAGCAACCCAACACCUUCAUCCGCAACCCAACCACCUUCAUCAGCAACCCAACCACCUUCAUCAGCAACCCAACCACCUCAUCUUGGAGAAGGAGAAGGAACUGCAAGCCACCAAGUCUUCAUUUUUCAGGAUUUGUAAUCUUCCCAAAGUUUUCCUUUGAAAAUAGGAUAAUGGGUGGAAUUUUCAGAGUGAUUACAUACCUCAACAUUUUUAUUAACAUACAACAAUGGGAAAGUUCAUCAUCCAUAUACUGCAGUAACUUAAACAACAGCCAAUUAUUGCAAGAUUAGAAUUGGAGAUCUUGUCCUCAAAAGUAUAAAUUGUCCUUUGAUUUAUAGAAAAUAAUUGAAUUGGGAUUUCUACAUACCAUUAUUAUACCUAUUUUAAAUUUAAUGGCAGCCAGGCAUGGUGGUGCCUGCCUGUAGUUCCAGCUACUUGGGAGGCUGAGGCAGGAGGAUUGCUUGAGCCCAGGAGUUCAAGGCUGCAGCGAGCUAUGACUGCACCACUGUAUUCCAGCCUGCACAAUAGAGUGAGACCCUGUAUCUUUAAAAAAAAAAAAAAUUAAUGGCUGUAUAUAGUAAACUUAAUUCACUGUUCCCAUUGUUUGUUCUAAAGAAUUUUUUAAAAUAAUGUUUCGUUAAAUCUUAUGAUUUAACCGUGCUUGCCCUUUUUGCCAGCUAUGUGGCAGUUUAUGGCAGAACUGCUGUCAGUGUGCUGGUAGCCCUCUAUUCAUCCCUCUUCAGAGCCCAGCUUCCAGAACUGCUAUCAAUGUGCUGGUAGCCCUCUGUAUUCAUCCCUCUUCAGAGCUCAGUUUCUGGUUGUAUUCUCCAUGAGUUUAAUAAUGACAUGAAAAAAUGUGGAAGCCGAGAGAGUAAAAUACUCUGCCCUUUAAAAACAUGGAAGACAUGCAAACAGAAAAAAACGUAAUUGUAUUGUUUUAGAUAAUACUUAAGACAACUGUGAUCCAACAAAAACAGAACUAUUCCUUUGUGACCGAUGAAGAUAAAAAAUUCUGGUAAAGGCAGGUAUGCAGUUUUUAAAAAUGGGUUAAGAAAUUGUUGCAGAAGAAUUUCUAACAUCUGAAAAUGGUUUUAUAUAUAAGAAGGGUGGUCUGAAUUGUGUACUAAUAAGCAAGGUAUAAGUUUGGUGUAGAGACUAUCCAGUAGCGUCCACUGUGCCACUUUAAGACUCAGUCCACAGAAGCUGGAAGAUUGCCUUUGCUUUAAAUAUCCUUUACCUUCUGCAUUUGACACUCCCAUUACUACAUAGAUUCCGGUCCCCAGAAGCAAUUUUACACUGGUACUAGAGCUUAUCAGCCCCAUUUAGUAAUUCCUAUUUGAAAUUUCUUAAUGUCUAGAUGAGGUUUAACAAGAA